AGUGGUACUUCUUUGACUGGGCUCCUUGCACAUUGACGUGCUGCUCCUAGCGUCGGCACCUUGCAAGCACAGCAGUCACCUUCCAACCUCUGCGAUUCUCCUCCGUUCUCAUCGCUCAGUCGCAGAUAUUUUGCAGGACGGAGGGGACCACUUAGUGUCCUCUUCGCCCGAUCACAGCAUCUGUGGUCUACAUUGGAAGAUUGGACCAUUUGCUUUUGCUAACCGCAGAAGAGUCUAUACUCCACAAAAGACACGCGGCUGGUCGCUUUACCGAGCCAGAGAAGGCUGCCGUGCGUCCUGGUGAUGAGGUUGGUGGCGCACAGCCGACACAGCAUUAAAGGAAUCCCUCUGUGUCUGAAGAAACCGCCCCAGUGAGGGACAAAAACGGGGGGAGAGCUGCAGGAACUGGUGUCGGCUUGGACGCUAUCAUUUCGACUAGUAUGCAUCUCUUCAGUGCCAUGUUCCUACUUGUGAUGUUAGCUGUCAUGCCCUGUGAGGCUCUGUACCCGAGCCCAGAGGAGGGCUGGCAGAUCUACAGCUCGGCACAGGACGCAGAUGGGAAGUGUAUCUGUACCGUGGUCGCACCAGCCCAGAACAUGUGUAACCGCGACCCACGCAGCAGACAACUUCGCCAGCUCAUGGAGAAGGUUCAGAACAUUAGCCAGUCAAUGGAGGUGCUGGACCUGCGGACAUACAGAGAUCUACAGUAUGUAAGGAACACGGAGAGCCUAAUGAAAGUGGUGGAUGGAAAGCUGAAAGUGGCCUCUGAAAAUCCCCGCAGUCUCAAUCCAAAGGGCUUUCAGGAGUUAAAAGACAAGGUGACCCAGCUGCUCCCUCUGCUGCCAGUGCUGGAACAGUACAAGGCGGAUGCCAAGAUGAUCCUUCGCCUUCGGGAGGAGGUGAGGAAUCUGUCCUUGGUGUUGAUGGCCAUCCAAGAGGAGAUGGGGGCCUAUGAUUAUGAGGAGCUGCGCCAGCGAGUCCUGCUGCUGGAGACCAGGCUCCACUCCUGCAUGCAGAAACUAGGCUGUGGCAAGUUGACUGGCGUCAGUAAUCCCAUCACAGUGCGUGCAUCAGGGUCAAGGUUCGGAUCCUGGAUGACAGAUACAAUGAUCCCCAGCUCAGACAACAGAGUGUGGUCCAUGGAUGGUUACUACAAGGGACGGCGUGUCCUGGAAUACCGCACAAUGAAUGAUUUCAUGAAAGGCCAGAACUUUGUGCAGCACUUGCUGCCUCACCCCUGGGCAGGCACUGGUCAUGUGGUCUACAAUGGCUCAUUGUACUACAACAAGUACCAGAGCAACAUCAUCAUCAAAUACCACUUUCGUUCUCGAAGUGUGCUGGUGCAGCGCAGCCUGAGUGGGGCCGGCUAUAACAACACCUUUCCCUACUCUUGGGGUGGCUCCUCUGACAUCGACCUCAUGGCAGAUGAGAAUGGACUUUGGGCAGUUUACACCACCAUCCCCAACGCUGGGAACAUUGUCAUCAGCCGCCUGGAGCCUCAGAGUCUGGAAGUAUUGCAGACUUGGGACACAGGCUUUCCCAAGCGCAGUGCUGGAGAGUCUUUCAUGAUCUGUGGUACACUUUAUGUCACCAACUCCCACCUCGCUGGUGCCAAAAUCUACUUUGCGUACUACACCAACACAUCAAGCUACGAGUAUACAGACAUCCCUUUCCACAAUCAGUACUCCCACAUCUCCAUGAUGGACUACAAUCCCAGGGAGAGGGUCCUGUACACCUGGAACAAUGGACACCAGGUGCUGUACAAUGUCACACUGUUCCAGGUUAUUAAGACUUCUGGAGACUGAGAGCCCUCAGACUGAUUCACUCAAAUAAUGCUGUGAUCAUUGUUUGGGGAGGGACAAAUGAGCUGGGUGGAGGUGGGUACAGGUUGUGGGAGGUGUGGGUUGGGGGCUUAAGUGUGUGGGCAUAGGCUUGGGGUUUUUUUAAAAAAAAAGAAUUUCAAUCUUCAUAGAGUGCUAUUAUUCAAAUUCUGGAAAACCACUCCGACAGUAAUGUCGGUAAAGAUACAAAGACUGAGCGCUUCUCUUUUUUUUCUUUCUGUGAUGAGUAAGCAUGGUUCUUUUUAUUUGUGAUGAGAAAUAAAUAUCAAUCUUUACCAUUUA